AUGAAGGAGUAUGACAUAUUUUUGGACACAGAGGAAAGUACCCUUCUUUUUCAAUAUCCAUUAAGCACAGAGGUUCCAGAUGUGCAGACAGUCUCUACAAAGUGCGACAACAAGUAUGUCCAAAUAUCUGCCAAGAAAGGGACAGAAGAAAUGAACUAUAAAGGAAUUGGCUCUGAUACAAUAAACAAAUACUAUGUGCUAAGUCUGCAGAACGGGCAGAUAGCAGGAACACAGGUGAAAACAAUAGUGCAGAUGCGGCCAUUUUUGCCAGAAACAGAGGAAACAAUGAAGCUGGCAGAAAAAAAGGAGACAAAAGUAUUUGCAAUGAACGAAUCACAGGACGAGUUGGAGAAUAGAAUGAAAAACCCAAAUUAUAUAGUCGACAAAGUAAACAAAACACCCUGGGUAGUGCAUAAGCUGGCUGAGUAUAAAGAAUCUGUGAUAAAGCCAGAAGUCCAUAAGCCGCUGUAUGCAGAGACUAGCAGUACUUGCCUGAAUAAGCUGAAAGAAACCAUAUACAAUGCAAGAGUUGUAAACAUAUCAGAACUACAUAAAAUAUAUCCAGGGCGAAGUAUUUCAGAUAUCAACCAGGCAGUAUCUGAGAUGACAAUUCCCUUUUUGGGAAGACACAUACUCAAGCCAGAGUACUUCAAUGAUCUCUCGCCUUUGCUAAUUAAAAUACUGAAGAGAAUGGAAGAAGAGAAAGGAACAUUUAAACUCACAAAGGAUGAAAUAAUAAACCCAUCAGAGGAAUUCAUCUACCUUCUCAACCAAGUCGCAUACAAGGAUGAACAUAAGUAUGUAUUAAAGGGUUUUAAUGAAAAUAUAUUAUAG